UGAUUAUAUUACAAGAUGAUCAAGCCAAGGUACCCCUUGGCAUUUCUGCAAUCAGUAGAAGUUUUAGAACUAUACAAAGUAUAAAUGAGCCAGUUAUUGUUCUAGACUAUAACUUUUCUGUUAGUUCACAACAGAAAUUUGUUCCAUCAGUCUACUUAAUCAUUAAUCUAAGUGACAUAAAUGAUACACUUU